AAAUUAAAAUUAUUAUCAAUAAUAGAAAUCUAGUAAUAGCAGGGUCCUAUAUGAUUAAAGUAAGUGUACACAUUACUAUCUAUACAUGAUACUCCAUUAAAAUUAUCUUUAUUGAGAUAAAGUUCACAUAUCAUAGAGUGAACACUUUGAAAAUUCAGUCAUUUUUAUACAUUCACAAGUUUGUGCAAUCAUUAUCACUAUCUAAUUUCAGAACAUUUUCAAUUCUCAUUUCUAAUAAUCAUUACGUUCUCUUAUCUUUCAGCCCUGGCAAUCAUUAAUCCACUUUCUAAACAAUUCUGGACAUUUCAUACAAAUGGGAAAUUUGAUAUGAAUCACCUAUAAGCCUAUUGUGUCUGGUUUAAUUUCCUUAGCAGGUUUACAUAGUUUAUUCGCGUUGUAACAUGUACUCAUAUUUCAUUACUUUUUAUGGCUGAAUAAUAUUCCACUGUAUGGAUAUGCUAAUUUUGCUUAUCACUUCACAGACGCUGGAUUGUUUUGACUUUUUGCUAUUGUGAAUAAUGCUGCAAUGAAUAUUUAAAUACAAGUUUUCCUAUGGAUAUGUUUUCAUUGCUGUUGGGUAUAUAAAUAACUAAGUGCAAAAUUUCUGGGUCAUGUAUUAAUUUUAUAUUUAACUUUCUGAGAAACUGCGAAAGUGUUUUCCAAAGUAACCUCACCACGCUGUGGAUACAGCUCAGUGAUAGAGCGCAUGCCUUGCAUGUAUGAGGCCUGGGUUGGACUGCCAGCACUGAAAACCAGAAAGUGAAAAAACAUAGUAACCACACCAUUUUACACCCUAGCAGCAAAUAAGGAUGCCAAUUUCUCCCUGUCAUCCUUAAUACUUCUUUCUGUCCACCUUUGGAUUAUGGCCAUUUUAGAGGCCAUAAUGAAGUCUCUAAAUGUGGUUUUGAUUUGCAUCUCCCUAACGACUAAGGAUGUUGAGCCUCUUUUUAUGUGCUUAUUGGCAAUUUGUGUGUGUUCUUGAGAUAAAUGUUUAUUCAGCCUUUGCUCAUUUUUUUAAGUGGUUUGUCGUUUCAUGAUUAAAUUGUAAGAAUUUUCCUUAUUUUUCAGUACUGAGGAUGGAGCCACCACUGAGCUCCAUCCUUUUUUUUUUUGCGGUACCGGGGAUUGAACUUGGGACCUUGAGCUUGUGAGGCAGGUGGCAGCACUACUGAGCUAAAUCCCCAGCCCCCAGUCUUUCUUUUUUUUUGAGACAAGGUCUCCCAAAGUUUCCCAGACUGGCCUCAAACAUGUGAUCCUCCCACCCCAGCCUCACAAGUGCUGGGUUCCCAGGCAUGCAGCACCACUCUCAACUAACACUGCAAAUUUUUGGUUAGAAAAUUACUAUUAUUACUAUUCUGGGGGGAGUGAUGUACUAGGGAUUGAACCUAGAGCACUACACUGAGCUAUACCCCAUCCUUUUUAAAAUUUGAGACAGGGAGACCAUGCUGAGUGCAGUGGGCCGCGGGAUCGCCUCAGUGUUGCGGGGAGCGCGCGCCGCCGCCGCCCCUCCGAAGGUGCUUGCGGGCGACGGGCUCUCGGUCCUCGGCGGCGGCGGGUCGGAGAGAGAGGGCGGAGGAGCCGCCUCGCACCUUCGACCCCGCGCUGCUGGAGUUCCUAGUGUGCCCUUUGUCCAAGAAGCCGCUCCAAUAUGAAGCAUCAACAAAUGAAUUGAUUAAUGAAGAAUUGGCAAUAGCUUAUCCGAUCACUGAUGGAAUUCCUAAUACGAUACCACAAGCAGCUAGAACAACACAUCAAAAUAAGCAAGAAGAAACAGAGCAGCACUAAAUCAUCAUUUUAAAAACACAACUACGUUUUAAUACUAUAUACAAUUUAAAACACGGUGGCGGAUGGUAAGUGGGGAAGAAGAAUGUUUCUGUCUCUGCCUACACUGACUGUUCUUAUUCCACUGAUCUUCUUAGUAGGAAUCUUCUACUCCGCCUCUGUGGAGGAAAACUUCCCACAGGGCUGCACUAGCACAGCCAGCCUUUGCUUUUACAGUCUGCUCUUGUCCAUCUCCAUACCAGUGUAUGUGUUCUUCGACUUCUGGACUUGGAUGGGUAUUAAGCUCUUCAGACAUAAUUAAUGCAACCAUAGCCAAGAUGGUUUAUGUAUUAAGUCUUAAGCAUCUGUCUCUGAAAGCUCAACUCGAUGGACAUACUGGAGACCCAUUUAGUUUGGAGGAAAGUUGCUUUGACUUGCUUAACUCAGGUUUAGGACUAAGAGAUUUAAGCUGCAGAAGCUUUGAUUGUACUCUGUUCUGCCCCUUUUGAAGAUUCUGACUGCUGUAUCGGAGAAACAUUUCAAUAAAAUGUCUUGAUGGAGAUUAACUCCCCUAAUCAUCAAAAAAAAAAAAAA